CGGCCCUUUCGUGGAGCUACUUUUGUUCGAAUUUUUUACAAUAUUUUGUAUACUAUGCGGUUGCUAUUGGAUAAUCGCUGAAAUUACUGAAACUUUAUUGAAUGUCUACUAACUGCAAUGCUAAAAUGAUUCCCCUUAAAGACAAUCAGGACAUCGCUUCUUUCCUUGUCACAAAGCACUCUUGGAGAGGGAAGUACCAACGAGUGUUUUCUAUUGGCACUCAUGGCAUCACUACAUACAACCCUGACCGUCUGGAAGUGACAAAUAAAUGGCUGUACUCUGACAUCAUUACUGUUGCCUCGGCCAAGCACUCAAACUCAGCUGCAAACCAUGACUUCACACUGGUCAUGAAGAAGGGCAAUAAAGUUGACGCAAUGAAGUUCUCUUCGGAACACAAAUGUCUGAUUCUUACUGAGGCAUUUAAAUAUAGGCACUUGUUUGCUGAGAGGCCAAAAGAUAUACUUAGAUAUCAAGCCUACAAACACCAUUGGAGUGGUACCCGCCUGCCGGUAGUCCUAGAAGUGGGACCAUGCUCUCUAGAACAACUGGAUCCCUCCACACACACCCUCUUAGCUAGCUACCCAUAUUGCGAAAUACAGGGAAUUCUUCCUGUCAAAGAUGUACCAGGAGGUUUUGUGUUAGCUGUAGGGGGUUAUAGUAGACUUCAUUUGUUUUCCAAUUCAAUGGACAACCAGAUAAUAAUAAAUAAAAUGCUUGAAAUGGCCAACCUGACUUUGACAAUCAGUAUCAAAGUUUUAGCAGCUACAAUUACUUUAGAUGAUUGCCACAAUCAACGGUUCGGGAAAUAUAGUGGCGACCAACACCAAACUUCGUUAAGCGAGUUUACAGUUCACAAAGUGAACGCAGCUCGUCAUAUGGAGCCUAUGCGUCGUACACUAUGCUUGUCUGACACUUGCAUACUUGAGAGAGAUCCACAGACUUAUUCAGUGGUGUGCCUUCGACCGCUGAGCGAUGUGUUCGCGUUAAUACGAGAUCCAGAUCAUCCACAGAAAUUCUCAAUAGAAUAUCUUAACGGCCAGACUCGAAUGUAUUUGGCCGGUGAAAGAGACGCCUUAUUAGCGUCUCUUCUUGACGGCGUCCGCUCUGCGGGUCAGCGCGACGUGCACGUACGAUCGUCGCCCACACCCCGCGCGUAUCGGCUUGGCCCAUUGCAUCGCGAAGUCGACGAAGAAACCGAAUCUAAUCACCUUAGACUCUUCCAAAACCCUGUAGGCAUGUCGCGAGCGGAAGUGAUAGAACGGUUCAACGCGAACGUCGGCUACAGCGGACUUAUCUACUCAGUCAGUCAAGAUGCCUCCUCCCCCCUGUUGUGGCUGUUUCUUACAUGGGAUCUUCGCUUAUUCGCGGAGAACAAAGAGAAGUUGAUAACAGGCGCGGUGACAGCGAUAAUGAGUAGUGCUCCGGCCGGCAACACCCUGCCGCCGCGGGAGCUUGAAGCUCAGUUCCACGCGUUGCGGAGAUUGUGUGCUAGUAAAGUUGGUUUUGCUGCCUUCACUGCUCUACCCGGUUUCCGCGAAUGGAUCGGCACAGCCGUGGUAAGCGCCCUGCGGCGCGGCUCGGCGGCAUGUUCGCAUGCAGCGUUAGACGCUGUGUGUGCGCUCAUGCAGCCCAUGCAUCAAGACCCUGACCUUAGACAGGAGCAGCUUAACAAGGCUAGCAUGUUAUCGUCGGCAACUUUUUUGGAAGGACUGCUUACUAUGUGGGCUGAUCAUGUGACGGCGGGUAGCGGUGCGCUAGUUGUCGCGGCCAUGUUGGAUUUUCUAACAUUCGCUCUAUGCGUGCCGUAUAGUGAAACUACAGACGGAAAACAAUUUGACCAGCUUUUAGAGAUGGUCUCUAAUAAAGGAAGAGUUUUGUUCAAGUUAUUUGAGCACCAAUCCAUGGCAAUAGUAAAAGGGGCGGGUUUAGUAAUGCGAGCCCUAGUCGAAGAAGGCGGCGGCGGCGUGGGAACUCGCAUGCAAGCUCUCGCGUUAGCAGAAGCAGCAUUGCCCAGACAUUUGCUCACAGCAUUGUACGCCCCAGCGAGAUUGCAUCACAGGCAUUUGGCGAGGCAUCUCGUUGCCUUGUGGUUGGUCGAUCACGCGCCCGCUCAUAAUCUGCUCAAGAGAAUUAUGCCGUCCGGUCUUCUAGCAUUCCUAGAGUCGAUGGAAGCUCCUCCGGCGCAAGCGUUAGAAGACGAGAAAGUCGAAGAACGAGACAAUCUGUCGUUAGCUCAGGCCGCGGUAAAACCCCGCGCCGCUCACUGGGAAGCAUUGGAAAGACAGGUCAAAUAUGUCGAGAAGCAUCUUGAACACUACGCUCAACUAGCUCUCCAGCACUGGGCACAACGGUCCGGUCGCACAUUAACGACGGAGCGACAAAACGCAGCGCGAGAAAGACCCGUACUCCUUCGCAGGAGGCGCGAGAGAAUCAAGUCUACUGCGAACUGGCCGCUGUUUUAUUACCAGUUCCAUAAAGACCACGCAUUGCCGAAUCUUAUUUGGAAUCAUACUACUCGAGAGGAACUCCGGAACGCUCUAGAGAACGAACUCCGUACAUUCGCCUCUGACAGAGAAGUUGCCGGCAAUACACUGACGUCAUGGAACCACGCCGAGUUAGAAGUCCACUAUCAGUGCUUACAGAACGAAGUAAAAAUCGGUGACUACUACUUGAGGAUAUUGUUGGAGCAGCGGGACAAUGAUGACAGCCCUAUAAGGAAAUCUUAUGAAUUCUUCAACGAUCUGUAUCACCGUUUUCUAUCGACACCAAAAGUGGAGAUGAAAUGUAUGUGCCUGCAGGCAAUGAGCAUUGUUUACGGUCGGUACUUUGAGGACAUUGGACCGUUCGCUGACACCAAAUACAUUGUUCAGAUGUUGGAUCGGACUUGCGACAGAAUGGAAAGAGACAGACUGGUACAGUUUUUAUCAAAAUUGAUUUUACAUAGAAGAAAUGUCAGCGAGAUUUUGGAAUGGAAUGGUAUCAGGAUUCUCGUAGACCUAAUGACUCUCGCGCACUUGCACACUUCACGAGCCACUGUACCGGCGCAGAGUAACGUGAUCGAAGGGCCGGCGCAGCAGGGCGGUGGCGACCGCGAGUGGUACUACAAUGUUGAGCAGGGCGACAAGGUCCAGCGGAAAGGACCUGUUAGUUUUCAACAGCUCAAAGACCUAUACAAAGCGGGUGAAAUAAACAAUAAGACAAAAUGCUGGGCGAACAGUAUGGAAGGCUGGCGAGCAGUGGCGAGUAUACCGCAAUUGAAAUGGACUCUGGUGGCGCGGGGCUCUGCGGUAUUAGAUGAAAGCGCUCUCGCUGCUACAGUGUUGGAAUUGCUUAUCACUUGUGCAAAAUACUACCCUAGCAGAGAUGAAGAAGACGCAGUAAUAAGACCACUGCCAAAGGUCAAGAGAUUGCUCUCUGAACCCGCGUGCUUGGCGCAUGUAGUUCAAUUACUACUUACAUUUGAUCCUAUCCUCGUUGAAAAGGUGGCAACCCUACUAUACGAGGUAAUGCAAGACAACCCUGAAAUCUCGAAGUUGUAUCUGACGGGUGUGUUUUACUUUAUGCUACUCUACACUGGGUCCAACCUUUUGCCGAUCGCGCGGUUCCUCCGCUUGACACAUAUGAAACAGGCCUUUAGAGCGGAUCAGUCGAGUUCAGACAUAAUGCAAAGGUCAAUAUUGGGUCAGCUUUUGCCUGAAGCGAUGGUGUGUUAUCUGGAGAACCACGGUUCGGAGAAGUUCGCUCAGAUAUUCCUCGGCGAGUGGGACACACCAGAGGCUAUAUGGAACUCGGAAAUGAGGCGCAUGCUGAUAAUGAAAGUGUCUGCCCACAUAGGCGAGUUCACGCCUCGCUUGCGCGCGCAUAUCGCCGCCCGUUACCCGUACCUCGCGAUCCCUUGUGUUCAGUACCCGCAACUGGAAAGGGAGCUCUUCUGCAGCAUGUUCUAUCUGAGGCAUUUGUGCGAUACGCAGCGGUUCCCCGAUUGGCCUAUUCCCGAUCCUGUUCGUCUUCUUAAAAACGUCCUUGAAGCAUGGCGCCGCGAAGUGGAAAAGAAGCCUCCAUCGAUGACAGCAAGCGAAGCGUAUGCGGCGUUAGGACUCACUUCGGGACAACAUGAUGAAGCGGCUGUAAGAAAGGCCUAUUAUAGGCUGGCGCAGCAGUACCACCCUGAUAAGAACCCCGAAGGAAGAGAUCGUUUCGAAUCUGUAAAUCAAGCGUACGAGUUCCUAUGCAGCAGAAAUGUGUGGACUGGAGACGGACCUAAUACGAACAACAUUGUGCUCAUUCUGCGCACUCAGACAAUUCUUUUCCAGAGGUAUUCUGACGUGCUAGCCCCGUACAAGUACGCGGGCUACCCCCAGCUGCUGAGCACGGCGCGGCUCGAGGCGGAGGCCGACCAGCUGUUCGCGGAGAGCGAUGCGCCGGCGCUGCUGCCCGCCGCCUGCGAGCUGGCGCACGCUACGGUCAAGUGCUCCGCGUUGAACGCCGAGGAACUCAGGCGGGAAGGGGGAUUACAGGUCCUCCACGAAGCUCUAUCCCGUUGCGUGCCCGUCCUUCCAUCAUGCAAGCCGAACGACAUCGCAGCCGCGGUGUGCGCCCACUGCGCUCGUUGCUUCGCCGUCGCCGCUACAUUCGUUGACUGUAGGAAAGUCUGUGCAGACAUACCGCAGCUGUGUGGGGAUAUUGUACCCUUAUUGCUAAGACCGAAAUUAGGCGACACGGCAUGCGCGGGAGCGGAAGCUGUAGCGGCGCUGGCGGAAGAACCGACUUGCAGAUCGCGUUUCGCCCGCGCCGGGGCCAUACACGCUUUAUUGCCCGCUGUACUGCAAUAUGAUUAUACCCUCACUGAAUCCGGUGUAGAAAGUGAUGUCCAGGCUAAUAAACAGGAAGUAGCAAACAAUCUAGCGAAACUAUGCGUGGUCGCCUUGGGAGCGGUUUAUGGGCCGCACGCCGAGCCGUCGCCUGACGACGACCGCAUACGAGACGCGUUGCACACGCUGCUCACACCGUACCUCUGCAGCAAAUUGAAGGACCCUGACCAGCACGAGCUAUUGAAAACAUUAACUUCCAACUGGCGAACUCCUUACUUAGUCUGGGACAACAGUACUCGAGCAGAACUGAAAGAUGUGUUGCGCAACAGUCGUGUCGACCCCGAGAAUGAAGGACCUUUGGUUCAACCGUUCGUGUAUUCUGCACAUAAGGGAUUGGUGUCUGUUGGAGGCGUCUAUAUCGACAUUUACAAUGAACAGCCCGAGUUCCCCAUUGACAACCCACAACAGUUCAUCUUGGAGUUAUUGAAAUUUGUACACAAUCAGACGCAAAUGGAUAUGUCGGCGGACCGAGUCGAGCACAUCACACUCGCCCUCACCGCGUUGGCUAACGUCAUUAUUAAGAAUCCGGGUGUGGAAAUCCAAUGCAUAGGCCAAUUUGGCCUCGUUUUCGGCAUGCUAUCAGCGCGAGCGUAUCCCAAACUGCAAGAAGCUGCAUUGCGCAGCGUAUUAGCCGCAGCGGGCAGUCGAGAGUGCGUGGAAGACAUCGCCGCUAGUACGGUGUUGGGACACCUGCUGCAGCUGUUGGGAGAUAGACCGCCGAAGGCAGAGGCGUUGGCGGCUUUAGCGGCCUUGCUUGCUAAUACCAUGCUCGUCAAAGAGGCUUUGGCCAAAGGUUCUGUGAUAUACCUACUAGAUUUAUUCUGCAAUAGUAAAAUUCCGGAAACGCGAGAAUCAGCCGUCGAAUUGUUAGCGAGGAUGAUGGCGGAUAAACUGCAUGGACCUAAGGUGCGCCUGACCAUCGCACGGUAUCUGCCGGGCGUGUUCGCUGAGGCCAUGCGCGAGUCGGGCCCCGCGGCAGCCGUGCACAUGCUGGACGCCAACCACGAGCACCCCGAGCUCGUCUGGGGCGACGACGCGCGCCGUCGCGUCUGCGCACACGUCGCCGCCCUCCGGGACAGACACCAGUCAAGCCAACUUCGGGAUCCAAAUGCCACAUUCGAAGACAGAGAAACCCUCGAAAGGAUAGCCUCAGGAGAAGAGACGUGGGCACCACCAGGCGAAGUGGUAGUGGCCGGCGUCUAUCUGAAACUGUAUCUGCAGAAUCCGCAUUGGAACUUGAGAAGCCCUAAGAAGUUCCUACAAGAAUUAUUGACUGAGACUUUGGCUGCUCUUAAUAAGGAUGCUACUGAAGGUAGCCGAGGGGAAGUGUGCGCCAAGGCGUUGGCAACGUUGCUGCGGUCGCGGCCGCCGCUAGGUGAGAUGUGCGCGCAGCUCGGCGAGCUGCCCCGGCUCGCACGGCUGCUCGCCUCCUGCCCGCAGCACGCCGUGCCCGUCCUGGCGGCUAUGGCCGAUCAACAGGCGUGUAUAAUAGCGUUGACGCAGACGGACGUGAUGUCCGGUAUGAAGACUGCAGUGAAGACGUGUCGAGAUAUCGUCGGUUGCGCGUGUGAGGCGCUCGCUUCCAUAUUCAACAGCAAUGUUAAUACCGAUCGAUUGGUCUUACAGGCUUUAGAAACAGAUCUAAUAGGCGAACUGCUGUCUCUUCUGGAAACCAGACUAGACGGACAAGCGGCCGCUCAACUAGUAAACGCUUUAAAAGCGAUGGCGCGAUCGACGUUGCACGGGGAGAGAGUCCGAGCUGUGCUGGCCCGUAGUCGUGUGUGGGAACAGUACGCGGCGCAACGGCAUGACUUAUUCAUUUCUUCUGUACCCGACCAUCAUUCCAUUGCAGCGGCGCCGCACUCAGCGGGCUACCUAACGGCGCCGCCGCAGAACAUUCCUGCGCAGCCGCCGCCCAUCGACUGACCGCAUCUCGCUAGCUAGUGCCCGCAGUGGGUGUGAACACGCAUGUUUGAGGCUAAUAUCGUACGUGGGAACCAUAUAGACAUUUAAAGAUUAUUCGGAAGGUAUUGUGUAAAUCGUAACAGCAAUAUUAAUUCAAGGUCCUUCGAAAUAGGGAUCCACCGGACUAGUCCACGCGUCACUGGGUUAAGCGAAGCAUCAUAAACUUUAUGUGUGUGGUAAUAAGGAAGUAAAAACAUAAUUCGCAUCGCCUAGUCACCGGUCUACGAUGACACGGUGUUUCGUAGUUGGUUUACUGCCUUAAGCUUUCCACGGUGACUGGUUUGGUGUGACCUUAUGAGGUUGGACCAUCUGUUACCUUAGACUACAUAGACUUUAUUACGUGGUGAAUACGAAGUGCUUGUUACAAUACUAAUCGGCCGUUGCUGAAUAGUUUUGUGACGUGCUACGAUGUUAGUUACAGUACGUAAAGGCUUGCCUUG